AUGUCCGAUACCAUACCGAGCGCACGCGCGCGCGACAUGCGCGAGCGAUCGAGAGACGUGUGCGACGACAUCAUGAACGCCGUUGAACACUACGCCGCGGAAGGUUUCGAUGCGUUGGAGAAGACGCUGAGCGAAGAGACGGCGCCGGACGAGCGCACGAAGGCUGCGUUCCGACACGGUUUGGACGCGUUGUACGCAAAGCUGCAGUUGAAGAUUGGGGAUCAUUUCACGCGGUUCGCGAGUCACGCCAACGCGACAUGCUUCUCGAUUCCGAGCGAAGUGAUCGAGUACGAGACGCACGUGCCGGAGAUCGAUGCGCUGCCGAGCGUGAGCGAAGAGGAGGAGGCGGCGCUGGACGCCGAGCUGCGGUCGCUUCGGGCGCGGACGAGCAGGGCGAGAGCACUCCUGAGGUCGAGCGAGAAGGAGUGCAAGGCUCUGGAUAAGGAGUUAGAAUCUCACGCGGAGGUCGUUGAGCGAAUUCAAGCCAUUACAGGCGCAGUCGGCAAAGAAAAUGCCAGGGUGAAGGAAGGUUUGAGCGCGACAGGAAGCAUCGUGCACACGGCGAAGCAGUUGACGCCGCUCUUGACGCAGGCGGAAACGAUGCAGCGAACGGGGGGAUUUAUGCCCGAGCGUUCGUCGAGCAUCGAUCCAGUGGUGAUGGCUAACAAUGCGGUAAAGCAGCACCACAUUCAGGGAAGUUCUUUGAGCGUGCUUCGCUCUCUGAAUGAAAAAUUAGCUGCCCAAACGGCGUGA